GCUGAUUAUCAUUUGUUUACACAACAAGAAAUUCUUCAAACAACUACUUUCCUUUGGCAAAAAUAUUUGAAAUUAAGUAAUGGCAGUUUAUGAGAAUGUUGAAAGGCUGUAUGCAUGGAUUGAUGAAAUUCCUCUCUCCAGAUGUAAGAAGAAUUUAACAAGGGAUUUCUCUGAUGGAGUCCUGAUGGCUGAACUUUGUAAACAUCUGUUUCCAAAGUUGGUCGACCUUCACAAUUACCCCUCAGCCAACAGCCACACAGCCAAGGUAGUAAACUGGGAUACCUUGAAUAGAAAGGUGUUUAGCAAGCUGCACAUCCGAGUUACCCAAGAGUUGAUCCAGCAGAUCGCAGCAUGUAUUCCGGGUGCUCUAGAAUCUGUGCUGAUGGCUGUCAAGGAGAAGGUGGAGGCUCAGCAGAGGAAGAAUGGAGCAGUUCGGUCUCCUGAUGGGUACCAGCAGUUUCGGGGUGAAUGGGGUGACAACAUGGUGGCAGAUUCAUUUUCUGAUAUUGGGAUUUUAUCUGAAAUUAAAAAAUUAAAAUCAGAGGUUCAACUAAAAAAUGACACAAUAGCAGUUCUUAAUCAAAAGGUGGUUCAUCUGGAGAGCUUGAUUGACAUGAAGGACAAGAGGCUCAAAGAGUUAAUGGCGAGUGUGGACCGUCUCCAGGCGCAGUCGAAGGAGUCUCAGGAGAGUUUUUGUACCACAACAGCAGGAAACUGAAUGGUAGUUCUGGAAACUGUAGAGGACACAUCUGAUCGUUAGUUAUCUGCAAGGAAUAUUUUGUAUUGUAUUAAUACAGUGAUUUGUUUUAUAAAAUUUAUUGAGGUUAGUAUUAUGUGAUAGUACAACAAAUAAACACAUUUACACAAAAAAA